UAAUAAUAAUAAUAAUAAUAACAGUAAGAAGAGUAUUAAAAAAAAGAAUGAUUAUAGUACUUGUAAAAAAAAAAAUUAUUUUAAUUAUUUUAGUAAUAUACAUUUUUGUGAAAAUAAGCAUGAAAAAGUAUACUUGUUUGGUGAUAAACGUUGUUUAAUCAAAGAGACAAAUGAAGAUGGAGAAUGUCGUUUCUUUGAAAGAAAUAAAAUUAAAGUAAAAAAAAUAUCUUUUGGUAAUUGUAUAGCUAGCUGUAUAACAGAAAAUGAUGAAAUUUAUAUUUGGGGAUCCUAUGAAAAAAA